UGGGUCGGCAAUGCCAUGCAGACGGCCUCAUUCUAUUGUAACAAGAUGGGAUUCGAACCAGUGGCGUACCAGGGCCUGGAGACUGGCUGUCGUGAUGUGGUGUCACAUGUGGUGAAACAGGGAAAGAUCUUUUUUGUAUUUCAAUCUGCGCUCAAUCCAGGAAACAAAGAGAUGGGAGAAUACGCGGUGAAUCAUGGCGACGGAGCAAAAGACAUUGCGUUCACAGUGGAGGACUGUGACUUCAUUGUUGAGAAAGCCAGACAGCGUGGGGCUGUCAUCGUGAAGGAUCCCUACGUGCUGGAAGAUAAGUGCGGCUGGGUGAAAUUAGCUGUCAUUCAGACGUAUGGUGACACCACACACACACUGGUGGAGAGGACAGACUACAAGGGCCUGUUCCUGCCCGGCUUUAAGGCACCAUUCUUCACGGACCCUACUCUGGCCAAAAUGCCAACUGUGAAGCUGGACUUCAUUGACCAUGUGGUGGGGAACCAGCCAGACAACGAGAUGGUUCCUGUAGUGGAAUGGUACCGGAAGAACCUGCUCUUCCACCGAUUCUGGUCAGUGGACGACAAACAGAUGCAGACAGAGUUCAGUGCCCUGCGCUCCAUCGUUGUGGCCAACUAUGAGGAGACGGUGAAGAUGCCCAUCAACGAACCUGCCAUGGGGAAACGCAAGUCCCAGAUCCAGGAGUAUGUGGAUUACAAUGGUGGUCCAGGGGUCCAGCACAUCGCCAUGAACACAUCAGACAUCAUCACAGCUAUUCGUAACCUGAAGGAACGUGGAAUGGAGUUCAUGACUGUGCCAGACACCUACUACCAACAGCUGAGGGAGAAACUAAAAUUUUCCAAAGUGAAGAUCACGGAGAACUUGGACACACUGCAGGAGCUGAAGAUAUUGGUGGAUUAUGAUGACGAUGGAUACCUGCUUCAGAUAUUUACCAAGCCAGUUCAGGACCGCCCCACUCUUUUUCUGGAGGUGAUUCAGAGACACAAUCACCAGGGUUUUGGAGCUGGGAAUUUCAAGUCUCUCUUCCAGGCCCUUGAGGCUGAUCAGAAUGCAAGAGGAAAUUUAACGGUCCUGACCCCUAAUGGUAUCUCAGAAAAGCUUUGAAUCCAUCCCAGAACCUCUCGCACCAAGUAACCCCUGCAAAAACAACUAACUGACCGAACAUUUUGUUCAAGGGACAAACGGUCAGAUUGCAUCCCUUCUAUUAAUUCCUUCUUACCCAUUUAUAAAUUUUGUUGUGACUCCUGGUUUUUCUUACUAGUUGCUGCUUUUCCAAUCAAUACUUAAAAUAAGCCAGGGCUGAUUUCACUCUGUAGACAACGGAAUCAAUGUAGGAUGCAAUGAAUCACAGUAGAUAACGAUUGUCAAAACAAUGUUUCCA